UGUUCUUUGCCUUAUGUAGUCAUGGCCACCACGCAGGUCUUGACUUGAUCGAGACAAGCAUCUUUCUUCUCUACACCCCAAAUUAGACUGUAGACAAACCCUUCCGCAAUGGUUCAAAACUCAACAAGUCUACUGGCAUGUCUGCUCAUCCUUUCGGUUGGAGUGGACAGUCACACGCUUAUGCAAAACCCCAUUCCUUUCCCAAGUCAACUCCGGGACAACGGUCCAGUAGCCAACGAUGGCUCAGACUGGCCAUGUAAGGGCGAAGUGGAUUACGAUUGGUCCGGCGUGGCCAACAUCUGGGAAAGGGGCUCAAAGCAAUACUUGCAGUAAGUCAACCAUCUGUACAGGCUGCUACUUGAAGUAAACGUGUUGACGACUUACACAGGGCCAUGGGAGGCGCUUCCCACGGCGGCGGCUCGUGCCAAAUCUCGGUGACACGGGACCUCAAGCCCACAAGGAAGAGCCAAUGGAGAGUCAUCCACUCCAUCGAGGGCGGGUGUCCGAUCCGGAACCUCACCGAGGUCAACUACGGAGAUUCUCCCACAGUCGUCCUGCCUAGCCUCUACAACUUCACCGUCCCGGACUGGCUGCCCGUAGGACCGGCCGUUAUGGCGUGGACAUGGUACGGUCGCUGGAGCGUUCCCGAAAUGUUUAUGAAUUGCGCUCCCAUAGUGGUUCUGGGCCAGGAGACGAACGCAGACGUCACUGAACAAGAGCGGGCGGCAAAGUUUGACCAGGCGCCCCUCGUGUUCGAGGCUAACAACGGCAACGGCUGCUGGACGCAAAAUAAGGGCAGCUGUGUAAAAUUCCCCAACCCGGGCGAGUCUCUCGUGGUCAACGAGGAAUGUCCUUUGUACGAGGAGACAAUGUUUACGGGGAAGUGCGGACCUGAGAGGAGUCUGGGAAACCUUUGGAGCUGGCCGUCACAAUGGGCCAUCUUCAGUGGCGGUGCCGUUGCCGUUGCUCUUGUUCUCGGAGCCAUGCGCGCUGCCAGGACUUGGCGCGGAAGGCAGAAAUACGCGCAUCGUAAGCUCGCAACUGACGAUGUCUAAGUUUUUCGGCUGAAGAUUUGAGUCGUUUGGUGUCGUUUGCCGGGGGACCGUGUAGGGUUCAUGAGCACUAAGUCUAAUGUUGGGAAGGUUCUAGAAGCAAUAUCACGAC